AGUGUAAGUGAGGUUAUAAUUUGUUGUAAAAGGCAUUAAAAAUGAUAUAAACCAACGUAAAAAUCGCAAAUAAAUAUGCCUGGUUGGUAUUUUGAUAAAAAAGAACUACGAAACACCCCUUCUGCCCAAGAUGGCAUCGACUACAAGACUGAAAUGCGCUACCGCAAAGAAGGAGCCAGACUGAUCAUAAAUACCGGUUCCAAAAUGGACUUGGGAUACAAUACAAUGGCAACCGGUGUGGUUUAUUACCACAGAUUCUACAUGUUCCAUUCCUUCAAGCAAUUUCCCCGAUACGUUACGGCCUGUUGUUGCUUAUUCCUAGCUGGCAAAGUCGAAGAGACUCCGAAGAAAUGCAAGGAUAUAAUCAAAACCGCCAGAAGCUUGCUGACCGAUCAUAAAUUCGCGACUUUCGGCGAAGACCCCAAAGAAGAGGUAAUGACUCUGGAACGAAUCCUUCUUCAAACCAUCAAAUUCGAUCUGCAAGUCGAACAUCCCUACCAGUACUUGCUGAAAUACGCAAAGUGUCUCAAAGGAGACAAAGGCAAAUUGCAAAAGAUGGUCCAGAUGGCUUGGACAUUCGUAAACGACAGUUUAUGCACCACCUUGUCUCUCCAAUGGGAGCCCGAAAUAAUCGCUGUAGCCUUGAUGUACUUGGCGGGAAAAUUGAGUAAAUUCGAAGUCGUUGAUUGGAUCGGCAGGAAUCCCAAGCAUUGUAGAUGGUGGGAUAUGUUCGUUGAAGAUGUAACAAUGGAUCUGUUGGAAGAUAUUUGUCAUCAGGUGUUGGAUUUAUACUCGCAAGUGGACAGUGUUAAUGCACCCGAUAGCCCUCCGCUCGGCCAGCAAAAAAUGCCUCCGAUGCCUACAACGUCGAGACCAUCCAACGGGCAAGAGAAACAGCCCUUGUCGCCGGACCAACCGCCUCCCGUCAACACGAAAAUGCCGCCUCCGUCUGAGAUACCACAGUUUCCUUACCAAACGUUCACCGGAGCGCCGCCUCCUAUGCCAGGUUACCCGAUACCUACGACGCCUUUUCCCACAGCGCCGCCUGUCGUGCCUCCCAGCCAUCCUCCGCAUUUGCCGGGGCCUCCUCCCGGGCCGCCCCCUCACAUCGCCGCUCCUCCACACAUCGGCGGGCCUCCGCCCGGCGUGUUUCCCUACGUCAAUCAUCCGCCGCCUAUGAUGCCGGUUGUUGCCUCCGGCGCGCCGCCGUUCUUUCCUCCUAACGCGCCGCCCCCUAAUCAGCCCCCUCCGCACAGGCCUUACUAUCCGCCGCCUUCCUGAUUGUUUAGCGAGCGUAGAUUUAUAAGUGUAAUAUUAAUUUGUGUAAGAUGUGUGAGACGUGGUUUUUUUGUACAUUUAUGUAGG